AAUUCCUCACAAAGAUGCACACUUUUGCAUGUAAAAAAACCUAAAAUAAUAAAAAACCACUUGCCAGAAGUUCAAAAUUGGCACACUGCCUGUUUGAAUUGCUUUCACAUCUUUCCUUUCUACCCCAAAACCAAAGGCUGUAAAACACAUAACCAUAGUCAAAGACUUUAAGCACCGCAACCCCCAUCCCUCUUUGCAGUAAUGGCUUUUGGCGCUCUCCACCACCUCCUCCUUCUCCUCCCACCUUUACCUUUAUCACCUCCCUCUCCUCCUCCCCACUACCUCGAAAAACCCACCAAAAGCAUAAGCCCAUCAUUCUUUGCCCCAUCAGGUAUUUGAUUACUUGUCACUGAGAGAUUAACAGCAAGCAUGGGUUUCCUCUCUUGCAAUGCAGAGUCGGCAAUCGCCACCUGCGAUCCAUACAACUGGGACCGCAAGAGAAAACCCGGAACCCACAAAACCCAACACAUCAACAAGCUCAUUAAGAUCAGACACUUUUACUACGACGACCUCGUCGCCGCCACCAAUGGGUUCGCCGCUGACAGAUUUCUGGGCAAAGGAAGCCACGGAAGUGUCUACAAGGCCAUCCUAGACGACGGCAGCCUCGUCGCUGCCGUUAAGAAGACGAAAACCACGAAGCCGUCGUCGUCGGCGAGUCUUCACAACGCGGAGAACGAGAUCGAGAUCCUCUCGAGAGUUCACCACCCCAGGCUCGUCAAUCUAAUCGGAUUCUGCGCCGAUGGAAGAAACGAUUACGACACUAAGUUGCUCGUCGUUGAGUACAUGCCCAACGGCUCCCUCUACGACCUCCUACACUUAAACUCCCAACCGCCGGGUUGGACCAGGCGAGUCCGGUUCUGUUUACAUGUGGCGAGAGCAGUUCAGGCGCUCCACUCGUCGAACCCGCCCGUCAUCCACCGCGACAUUAAAUCGUCCAACGUUUUGAUCGACAAGGACUGGAACGCGCGGCUCGGGGACUUAGGGCUGGCGUUGAGGGGACACGUGGAGGACGUUCGGGUUAAGUGUACACCACCGGCGGGGACGUUAGGGUACCUCGACCCGGGCUAUCUUGCGCCGGGGGAUCUGAGUACCAAGAGCGACGUCUUCAGUUUCGGAAUACUCCUGUUGGAGAUUCUGAGCGGGAGAAACGCCAUUGACGUGAACUACAGUCCGCCAUCGGUGGUGGACUGGGCCAUGCCGAUCAUAAAGCGCGGCGACUUCGCCGGAAUCUUGGACCCCAGAAUCGGACCGCCGUUGGACCCCGCCGUGAUCCGCCGCGUGGCGGUGUUGGCUGCGAAGUGCGUGCGAUCCUCGGCGGAGAGGCGGCCCACAAUGGCGGAGGUGGUCCAGUGCCUCAAAAUCGCGAGGAAGAGAGUCCACGCGCCGCCUAUCUGGAGCAGAUUCAAACGGCGGGUGAACGCGAAGCGCGUGGAGAAUAAAAACGAUCGUCAUGACCACCACUCCGGCGAAUACGAAGAGGUUGUGAACGUGAAUAGCAUGAGAGGAGGGAGUAGAAGGAAGUUGAACGGGAAGGUAUCGAGUGUGUUGGGCGCAGAGUGCGAGGGUGAGGAGGACGCGAUCAUUGGUGGUCGCGUGGCGAGGUCAAAGUCAAUUGGGUCGGUGAAUGAGAUUAAGGCGGGAGGAGGCGGGAAUCGUGGGCGGAAGGGAGCAGGGGGUGGGCUGGCGGUGAGGGUGGCGCCGUCAGUGGUGAGGCUGAGCAAGUCGAGGUCAACGGGGGUAUUGAAUUUGAGAAGUCCGAGGGUGGUGCGUCAUCACAAGAGAGGGUUUGUGUUUGAAUUUGGAGGGAGGGAGGUUGAUUCGGUGGAACUGGAUAUGUCAAAGUGGGUGAUUAGUUUGGAUAAUCAUAACAGUGAGAAAAUGCUUGAGAAACCACUGGUUUCUAUCUGACUGAUGAUAGUUUAAUGAAUUUUUGUGUUGGAAAUUGUACUGUUGUUCAAACUAAAAGUUAGGGUUUGUAAAAUAAGUCCCAAGAGGUAAUGCGGUGCUGGUAUAUGCUUUCUUGAUUUACUCAACAUGUUGUAUCCUUGUAGUUUAUUCUCACGAGAAAAAAGAAACUGUUACAAGUUGCA